AUUAAAUCUUUUUUGAAUUUGAUUGUAAUUCUCUGAGAUUCAAAUGACAUGACCAUGGAUCAUGUCAGGCUUGGACUUUCCAUGGAGAUCGCCGUCGAUUCACUGUAUUCAUCUGCCGUCUGCGACUGCGAACGCAAUCCCUCACAUCAUCAUCCCACUAAUUCCACGGCUGAUGGAGAGCCGUCGUCAAUUCGAUCUUUUCAUCUCAGUUUCAGUUCUAUUUAUAUCAAAGUCGAUUCUUGUCUUGAGCAAGAAUGGCUUCCGAGGCUCCCAUGGUUCCUCUUCUUACGCCUCACAAGUUGGGAAACUUCAAUCUAUCCCACAGAGUUGUUUUGGCUCCGCUGGCCAGACAGAGAUCUUACAACUAUGUUCCUCAGCCUCAUGCUAUCUUAUAUUACUCUCAACGAACUACCAAGGGGGGUUUAUUGAUAUCUGAAGCUACUUGCAUUUCUCCCACUGCUAUAGGUUAUGCCAAUACACCAGGCAUAUGGACAAAAGAGCAAAUAGAAGCAUGGAAGCCCAUUGUGGAUGCUGUUCAUGCCAAAGGUGGAAUAUUUUUCUGUCAGAUUUGGCACACUGGAAGGGUUUCAAAUUCAGGUUUUCAGCCAAAUGGGCAAGCCCCAAUAUCUAGUACAGACAAGGGAUUGUCGCCACAAAUUCAAAGUAAUGGUAUUAGCGUCACAGUUCAUGACCCCCCCAGGAGGUUAAGGACUGAUGAAAUUCCUCAAGUCAUCAAUGACUUCAGACUCGCUGCAAGCAAUGCUGUGCAAGCUGGUUUUGAUGGGGUUGAGAUUCAUGGUGCCCAUGGUUUCCUUCUUGACCAAUUUAUGAAAGAUCAGGUCAAUGAUCGAAUGGAUGAAUAUGGUGGAUCGCUAGAGAAUCGGUGCCGCUUUCCUUUGGAAGUUGUUAAAGCCGUUGCCGAUGAGAUAGGGGCAGAGCGAGUGGGAAUUAGAUUAUCACCUUUUGCAAAUUAUAAUGAAUGUGGGGAUUCCGGUCCUGAAGAACUUGGCCUAUACAUGGCGAAUUCCUUGAAUAGAUAUAAUAUUCUGUACUGUCACAUGGUGGAACCAAGAAUGAAGACUGUUUGGGAAAAAGCUGAGUGCCCUCACAGUCUUGCACCAAUGAGAAAGGCAUUCAAUGGCACUUUCAUUGUUGCUGGAGGCUAUGAUCGUGAAGAUGGCAACAGUGCAGUGGCAGAGAACAGAGCAGACCUUGUUGCCUAUGGUCGGUGGUUCUUGUCGAACCCAGAUUUGCCAAAGAGAUUUGAGCUCGGUGCUCCUCUCAACAAGUACCACAGAGAGACGUUUUACACUUCUGAUCCUGUUAUUGGUUAUACUGACUACCCAUUUCUUGAAGACAGCUCUUAAGCCCAUACAAAUUAGAAGUUAUUUUUUUCCAAGUGUUUUCUAUUUUGAACAGUACAUUUUAAGCAGGCAGUUCCAUGAGGAUGAAAAUUUCCAUUUUCUACAUGGUACUACUGCCCUACUUAAUUUUAUCUGGAUGGAAAGAAAUAGGGCCUUGCAUAAUGGUAUAAUUUCUUCGCCUCACAUGGUUGCUCAAGAAACUUAGGGUGCACUAUCCCUCCGAUGCAUAGCCUUCCAUUCGGAUUCUUUAAGCAGAAUAUCACUGAUUCCUCAGCGCUCAAGAUUUCAGCCUUUACAGUUAGUAAUUUAGUGCCUUUGUAGAUGCAUCUUUGUACUUUAAAUUGUCAUUUUAUUAAAAAAAAAAAAAUCAAAAGAAACAGUACUUUUCAGUGUUGAUUGUAAUAAUUUUCCAAUAUGCCAAAAAGGAAAGAGAAAAGAAAAGCAUUGAGUAACAGCCAGUGGCUUGUUAAGCAGGC